GCUAUCUUUUAAUAACAAUGUCUGACCUUAAACAAAUUAUUUAUUGAUUUUACUUUGGCAAGGAAGUUUAAUAAAAAUGGAUACUGUUAUUGUGGCGAUAAUUUGUGUGCUGGUGUGUAACUUUGUUUCUAUAGUAGUUUGGUUUUGUCAGGGUUUUCGUAGACGCAAAUCUAUCGAGGAAAAUAACACUCCGAAGACAACUGUAGAGGAGAAUUACACUUCGAAGGCACAGCUUACCACGCCAGUCGACAAAAUGGCUAUGGCUGCGACAACACACGAAAGAAGUGACUCUCUACCAAGAGAAUGUACUUCAGUUUCAAGUGAGCAGAAUGACGAGCAGAAAGGAAGUGAUGAAGUUAUUUGUUGCGAAAACCAAGAACAAACUUUUAAAAAUGAUAUACGUGAAGAUACCGGAAAUAUUGAAUUUGAUAAAUUCAGACCAUCUGUGCACUUAGAUAAACUUCAGAAAAAAAUGACAGAAAUGCGUCCUAUACAUGGUCUUUGUCAGCAUAUUAAAGAUUCUCUUGACGCCUGGAACAACCUAGAGCUAAAUGUUGCAGUGACGGGAAACGCGGGUGUUGGAAAAUCCAGUCUCAUUAAUGCGCUUAGAAAAGUGAAGCCAUCGGACAAAAAUGCAGCUAAAGUUGAUGUCGUUGAAACAACCACAGAAGGUAAAAAGUACACAUAUCCCGAAAAUCAAUACGUAGCUAUAUGGGACCUACCUGGUACCGGGACACAGAAAUUCUUGAGACAAAAAUACUUAGAGGAGAUGGAUUUUUCCCGUUUUAACGUGGUUAUAAUAGUUUCUGCGGGGCGCUUUUUGCAAGAUGACAUAUGGCUGGGGAAAGAACUUCUUCACUUACGGAAGAAUAUCCUGUUUGUGAGAACGAAAAUUGACAUUGACAUGAUGAAUGCGAAGCGAGACCAUCCAGAUGAUUUCAACGAAGCAGACUGCAUGGCGAAAAUCAGAAAUAACUUAACUGACAAUAUUCGUAUUGGUGGUAUACCAGAUUCAGUCAGCGGCAUCUACUUGGUUAGUUCCCCAGAGAGUACUUCUUAUGAUUUUGCAGAAUUAGAUAAGAAGUUAAAAAGUCUACUGAAUAUUAAAGGAAAAGCAAUAAGGGCAAUGCUACAAAAACCUGUUGAGGAAGCAAUAAGAGCAGACCAAGCAUUCAACAAAAAUGAAUUCAAAGGUUGGAAAGCUGUUUCUGCUAUCUAUGGUUUCCUACCUAUACCAAACCUUGAGACUGGACUUGGUAAUAUGUCUAUAUCCUCAAUACGUGAAAAGUGCCUGGAGAAGUUUUGUAUUGAUGAAUCAUCACUUGACAAGAUCUCGGAUGAUAUUGAUGAAUCAUCACUUGACAAGACCUCGGAUGAGGUACGUAUGUCGCCGAAAGAUGUGCUGAAACGACGUCUGAAAUCGUAUCGCGCUUUUAAAGAAGGCACCUUACUCACCUCCGUGGAGGAAAAAAAUUGGUCAACCUUUAGACAGUUUUCAAAGUAUAUGGUUCCUGUCAUUGGCUUUUUUCUGUCAGCUCACAAGGCGUACUUUACCACGCAAGCUUGUUUGGAAACAAUGUGUGACGAAAUGGCAGAAGAUGAACUUAAAUUGGUUAAGCUGAGGCUUGACGGACUGGAGAAAGAGUUGCAACCACUUAAGAACAUAUUCAGUAGGUAGGUUUCUAAACGAAACACUGUACGAUGAAACUCUAAGACUGUUUUCACCGUCCUUACAUACUUCAAGCUUAAAUAUAAAACAAUAGACUGUGAUGAAAAACUGUUUAGUCAGAUGGGGUGUUCGUCAUUGCUUAUCAGUAAAAAAACUGAAAAGUUGUUACUUAUAUUAUCCUUAUAGCGAUAUAAACAUUUUUGGGGGCAAUGCCCCCAGAUUUAACAAACCGUCUUUCAAUUUUCUUGUCGAGCUUAUGACCAACUUGACAACACACAGAAAAGAAGUUCCAAAGUAUUUACCAAACAUAACUUUAAUAUUGCAUUUUGCAAUUAUAUUUUUGAUCAAGAUAUGAUUAAAUAGAUCUAUACAUUUUAUAUUUACAACAGUAUCUGAAGAAAACUAAAUUGCAUUAUAAAUAUAAAUUAUAAUAGAUCUACUUAAGCGUAAGAAUAAUAAAGACGCUUGAUUUGAUCACGUGAUCGAUUUUGAAACCGACACUUGUUUUGAUCAUGUGACCUAUUCUGAAAUCCAAUGACUAGUUUCAAUACGCUAAAAAAAUGUGUUCUUGAUUCUGCGUAAAAAUAGCAACUACUAAGGAAUUUCAACGCCACUGAUAAGCCGAUAGAUUAUUGAUUUUUUCAUCGCCGUGCCUCGACACCGUUGUGGAUGUGUAUUAUGGAAAAACUUUAUCAGUUUGCGGUGAUCACUACCGUUUAUCAGUAGGCGAAUCUAGGCGAAUCUAUAAAUAUGCGGCAACAUCCUAUAGAUCCCGAUUCCGAUCUGUUAAAAUAUCUUUUCCGUGCAGGUUUUAUUUCUAAAAUAUAAUUUCAGAAAAUACAGUGCUGAAAUGAAAUACUUUUCACAUGUCUAAUAAAAUAUUUUCAAGAGAUAUGUUAUUUAUAAAAAUCAAUACUAUAUAAAAAAUAAUAAUAACAAAAAAAAAUUAAAAAACAGUGUUUUACUUGAAAUAGAAUAGGCAGAAAAAGAUCAUUACUUAUUCGUCAGUUUGAAUUUAUGACUUAUUUGGUUAGGGGAAAUUAAUUUGACAGUUUGAUCUUUUAUAAUUAUCAUAUUAUCUAAUCUAAUAAUCGGUAGUAGAUUUUUUUCUCAUUGUUUGAAUUCGUACAAUCAACUAUGGACAGAUUACUUCUGUUUUACACCAACUAUUAAGAACAUUUUAAAGCUUAAAGGCAUAUUUAUGUCCUUAUUCGUGGUUGUAUAUUAUGUAUAAUUAUAUAUUUUGAUCUUGAAAUCAGCUUUAAAUUGUUAAUCAAAAUGUCUUGUCCACACAAGUUGCAUAAAAAUGAAUUGAAUUUCAAAUAGUUACUAAAAUUUAAUACACAAUUGCACGAUGCAUAUCCAUAUCGGCGGACUCUUUGCGAAAUAUGCUUUAUCGGCGGUUUCUUGCGUCGGCACCAGCGAUUCUUUGCUAUAAACAGGUUGACAGUUAUAAAAAGUCAGAUAUACACACCAAAUUAAAUAAGCUAUAAUGUUUCAAGAUAGUCAUUAGCAUAGAGCCUCUUUGUGCGUAAUGCAGAGAGCCUGUCUGUGCAUAAAAAAACAACUGAUAUGCAAAGAGACCGCCGGUGCCACGACAAAAUCGAAAGUAAGGGGUUUUGAAAAAAUCCAUUUACAUUUCGGCAUAUUUAUCUUUAUUAUUUGGAAGAAUAUUGAUAAAUGAAUACAAAUAGUGUGCUUGAUAUGUAUGAUUUGGUUAAAGACUGUGGAAAAAGUCGGGCUAGUGUUCCAUGUCAGUACAACAGCAACAAAUUUCAUCGAGUUGCGAGCAAAAUCGCUGAUAAUUAAAAAGUAAACACUACAAAAUAGAGAAAAGACAGUCUAAUGUUCCGUGCUCUAGUUUUUUUGAGCAGCAUACCUAUGAUCAUGGAUGGCAGCUCGAUUCUUCGCCUCCCAUACCAACCUAGGCACUGUUUAUAGCAAACAAUAGCCGGUGCCGACGCAAAGAAACCGCCGAUAUAGCAGAUUUCGCAAAGAGUCCGUCGAUAUGGAUAUGCACUGUGAAUUGGAGAGAGCAUCCUGAAUAUACAUGUCAUCUAGGGAAGGUUUGAAUCCAUAGAGAUGUUGUCAAAAGUUAUAGCAUCAGAAUAUUGCGGGCAAGCAGUCAUUUCAAUAGCAACCACCACGCCACCGCAAAUCAGGAGAGAUAUUUUUUUUACUUUUUCAAGAAAUCCGACCUCACUAUAGGGCCAAUAGAAACGCGCUUAUUCUGGAAAGGUAAAGCAUUUCCCAACCUGAACCUGUGCGCGAUUCUUUAGUCUAAAGGUCAGAACAUUAUUUAUAUGACGUGUUAAACGCCAUAUACGCUGAUCAAAUGGUAUUUAUCUGCAGGAAAAUUAUCGUUUAACGUAAAGAGUGCGCUAAUUACUUUUAUAAUUCCGCAUACAUAUACGUAUUUUAUCAUUUUUCAGACCGACUAAUUUUUGCUGCGGGAGGUAAUCAGCCAUUCCGCGAUGAUAACUUGCCGCAGGUGCCCGUUAUAUUUCGGCCUCAUUUUCUUGGUAAUUAUCCCUGUGCAGAUGUACAUUUAUGUUACCUGUUUAAUGUAUUUCAUCUAUCUGAGGGUGCAAAUGGUUUCUGAUGGUGAUAUUCGAAGGCCAUGCCAUGAAUAUACUACCACUUUAGAUUCCCUACAGUUUGCCGGGUUGCAGUGAUGAAUAUAGCCAGUCUAUCCCUCUGAUCCGUGAAUUCCGUACAAAGCAUAGUUUAAAUACAUGUACACUGCUGCACUGGCACCAGAACAGAAAGAAAAUGCCUUUGUACAUGUUAUACCCUACCACUAGGUAUUCUAUAAGAACCAUGGUCAUGAACGGGAAAGUGCACUAACCCGUUUCAAUCGUACAUUUCUCAACUUAAACGCGCAGUUCGGUGAAUGGGUACCUAGUAUAUUGAACAAGCGAUAAUUUAUCUUCCAUCGUGCACCAAUCACAUUGUCUCAAUAUUCCAUAUUGCUGAGAUUAUCAACAUAUUUUAUGCUUUCGUCAACGUUACAGAAAAAAACUUGCUUGACCCUCCCUAAUGAACAUCCGGUCUAGAGGUCACGGCAGUGUGCACAUGUUUGGCGAAAUGUAUACAAACAAAAACAGAAUUUUAAAAAAAUCAUAAUUUUACACUAAAACUCGAAAUGAUGAAUGAAAUUCAUCUAAUAUAUGAUCUUUAAUUUGAAAUCGUACAUUGGUCUGCAUCCGUUCUGUUUAUUUUAUUCAUUUUGCACAUUUAUGCUGCAUUUUCACAUUUUAGCGAACACGUGUAGUAAAAUGACGAUUGACAUACAUUUUCACAACAGCCAAUCAUAAUGGUUUUGUAAUCUAGAACGGAACUUAACUAGGGAACUUCAAGCAAGUUUUUUGUGUAACGUUGAAAUAACUAUAAACUACGCGUUGUUUUUCUAAGAUAAGAUGUAUUAAAAUAAUGUGACCGGUACACAAUGGAAGAUAAAUUACCACUUGUUUGAUAUCCAUAGUACACAUUUACCGCACUGCGUGUUUUAGGUAUGAAAUGCGCGAUUGAAACGGGUUAGUAUAUUUUCCCGUUCAUCAUCAUGACCAUGGUUCUUAUAGAAUACCUAGGGGUAGGGUGUAACAUGUACAGAGGCAUUUUCUUUCUGUUCUGGUGCCAGUGCACUGCUGACUAGUCAAUCUAGUGUACAAAUUAAACCAACUACAGCUAAUGCGAACUCAAUCAAAUCCACUAUUUUCCUUGUUCUCGGUGCUUCCGAGGGAUCUGCUUCUUCAUGCUUUGUUAAUAUAUUAUGUUAUUAUUAAGUUAUUAAGUAUAUAUCUAUUUCAAGAAUUUUACAAAAACAUUUGAUAAUUUUAGGGGUUUUUUUAUAUUAAUAACUUCCCUACAUCGUUUAAUGAUGUUUCAGCAAGAAGCUUUUUAUUUACACUACAGUAUGUUUUUUUUUUAUUUUUAUGCCCCGAAGAUGGGCACAUUAAAAUCGCAUUGUCCGUCCGUCCGUCCGUCCGUCCGUCCGACCGUUACUUUGUAAAUUAUUGUCCGGGCUGUAACUCUGCCAUCCAUGAAGGAAUUUUGAAUUAGUUUAGCAUAAAUAUUAACCUUAAUAAGACAACGUUUCUUGUGUAAUACUCAGACCCCUAGCUACAAGGUCAAUGUCACACUUAGAAGUCAAACGUUAAUAGGGUUUGUUUCGUGUCCGGUUCGUUACUUUGCCAUUCAUCAAGAGGUUUUGAAAUAACUCAGCAUUAAUGUUUAUCAUAAUGAGACGACGUGUCAUGGGAAGACCCAGAACUCUAGCUCCAAGGUCAAAGUCAAACUCAGAGUUCAAAUGUUAACAGGGUCUGGUUUUUUUUUUUGUGUCCGACACAUAUUUCUGCCAUCCAUGAAGGGAUUUUGAAAUAUCUUGGCACAUAUGGUAACCAUAAUCAGACAAUGUGUCAUGCGCAAGACCCAGAACACUUGCUCCAAGAUCAAGGUCAUAAUCACAAUUCAAAGGUUAAUAGUUUUUCGUGUUCGGUAUAUAACUCUGUUUAUAUCCAUGGAGGGAUUUUGAAACCACUUAGUAUAAAUGUUUAGCAUAAUGAGGCAAUGUGUUACGCGCAAGAAUCAGACCCUUAGUUCAAUCUGACUUGAGUACAUAUCCUAUUAAGCUACGCUGAGGUUCUGAGAACGAGCUACUGUAGCCUCGUUCUGACGACCCUUUCGCUAGUCAAUCAGAGCUUAACUUACAACAUUUUGCAAAUCUAUUGUUAGCCUUGUUUUUUGAUAUUCAAAAUUCUUGUGUAGUAAUGUGUCAGAUAGCCGGUUAGCUCAGUCGGUAGGCCACUUGCUCUGUAAGCAAAGGGUCCCGGGUUCGAGCCCUGGAUUGACUGCACAUUUUUCUUACUCUUUGAUAUUCAAACAAGUCGUCUGACAGGUUCAAAUAAAAAUAGAUUUUGCGAAAUAAUAAAUACAGAAGACGAAUGUGAGUGGGUCAUUCUCAGAUCUUCGUUUUGAAGAUCAAGUUCUUUAGUCAGGUUGACCCUUAGCUCCAAGAUAAAGUUUACAUUUAGAAAUCAAGUCAAAUGUUAUUAGAGUCUGUUUCAUGUCCGGUUCGUAACUCUGUCAUUCAUGAAAGAAUUUCGAAAUUACAUGGCAUAAAUAUUCCCCAUAACGAGAAAACAUGUUAUGCAUAACUAGAUCAUUAGCUCUAUUGUCAAGGUCACAUUUAGAGGUUAACGGUUUACUUGGUCUGUUUCUUGUCGGUUCCAUAACUCUUCGGGAAGUUCCAUCGAUGAAGAUAUUUUAAAAUUACAUGGCAUAACCGUUCCCUAUAUUGAGAUGACGUGUCAGACACAAGCCCAAGAUCCCUAGCUUCAAGGUCAAUGUCACACUUAAUUAACAAGUUAACAUUGUAUGUUUCUUGUCCAGACAAUAACUCUGCCAUUCAUCAAAAAUUACCUGUCACAAUUCUUCCCUAUCAUGAUGAGUUGGUGUGACCCCUAGCUCCAAGGUCAAGGUUACCUUCGGAGAACUUUUAUUUUUAUCUGGUCGCAAAUUGAUUCAUACCUAAAUUUUCUGGCUUAUUUUACGCAGACAACUAUAGCAUUCUUGUGCACACAUCGGGGGCAUUUGUCGCUAAUAGUGCCAGCUCUUGUUUGAGCUUCAAUUCUAAAUAAUUGGUACAUCAUGAAAGUCAUAUAUACUUGUAUGUUUCCUUAUAAAAUGUCAAGGUCAGUAGUUUCUAUUGUCGAGUUACCUUAAAGACGCACACAAAAUAACAGUAAUCUUUUGUAUUUCCAUAAUGGUAAUUAACUAAUUAUACAUGUUUGGUAUGGAGAAAUAUGAAAUAACAAGUACCCAGCUACAAUUUGACAGUAAAAGAUAUAAGGCUAAGACAAUGUAUUUAAUGUCUAAAUAUAUUAUUCAGUUAUUGUAGUAGUAUGCACGAUACUUCAUGUAUUAAGGUGCGUUUAGACCACACUUUGUUUCUACAGUGUAAGAUAGUUAUUAUUCUAUGUUUAUAAAACUAUACUGAGAAGAGAAUGACUGAAUAAGUUUGCUGGCUGAAGUUGUGAAAACAGGGCUUAGAUUGUCCACCUGUCAUCUUGUAGAAUAGCUGUAUUAAACCAGUAUUACCCGAAUUAUUUGCACCAAGUUCAAGUUGGCGGAAAAAGUAUACAACUAGGUCGUGGUGGGUAUUUAACACUUCUAAUAACGAUGGAUAAAAAUAAAUGCUAUAGUCUAUAAUUAGCGGUUAAUGCGAAUACGAUAAUGUUACACACCGAUAGCCACACGAGAACUACAUGCAGAUAUAGACUUGCCACAGUUCUCUACUGCGAAAUAAUAAAGUGGUAAUAUGGGACUGGGAAUUCAUGGCAUGAGAACCACCAGAAAUCUUGUUCUUUUUCCACGGGCGUUUCGUAUCCUAAUUUACUCGAACCUAACUGUAUACGCCAGUUCGGUAGGUUAUUGAUAUGACGAAUCAUGGUUUUUAUAGUGUCUAAUGUAUUUCUUAUAUUAUGAUAUUGAUAGUCUGAAUUAGAGGUGUAUAUUAAAUAACCUAAAAUUGAAACAGACAAUGUUAUUUUGAUCAACAAACAUAACAAACAAUAUGAAUAAUAAUAGCAUCAUAUAUCAUGUAUGUUUUUAAGAAAACAGUUACUGAAUAUUAGCAAUAGUUGGAAUGGAAAAAGGUAGAUCUAUAAAAAAUAUUUUUACAGGUGUUUGUGUGUUCACUUAUGACGACUUCUUAUUAAAAUGAUGCUUAUUUGUAACAAAAAACAUUCCUGACUUUUUUAAUUGAUAAGUAUUGUACACAUUAGAAAACAUAGCCUAGAUUUUUUCAAUGUCAGUUCAAGGAAAUCUUGUUCCUUUAAACUUUCAGAUAUUGGAAUAUUUUGACUUUCUUUCCAAACUUUCAUAUAAAGUGUUACAAAAGUUGCAGGUUUCUGUUAGACUGUCAAGAACACGUGAUGUCAGGACAUAGAGUGCAAACAGAAGUAUUGAAGAAAUUGAAAUACAUUGUAUAGCUUUAUCUUUUACAUAUUAUCAAACCUGGCAAUGAAAGGUUUUUGUUUGUCGAUGAACAACCGCUAUUGAACAAGACUAGAUUUUUUUAUCUUUACCUUUUGAACAAAAUAUAGAAGUGUAUUGAACACAAAAUUAAUAAAUUUUAUUGUUGUGCACUGUUAAAGUUGUGACCACUCCAGUUCUUGCCACACACAAAUGCAUUACAUAAUGCCUGCAUGUACUUCCCUGGCAUGAAUGGGUUACAUCAAGUCUUGAAACUGCAAAGCAUUGUCCCCAUCAGUCCUCUCAGUACUUUGAUUAUAACAUGUUUUUCAAUCUGUGAUUAAUUGAAACAACCGCAAAAUGUAUCUGAUAAUUUUACAACGACAAAUAUCUAAUUUAUAUUUCACAGAUUUGAAACUAUGAAAUAAGUGAAAUUGGGUUAAUACUACUUAAGUGUCUGUGUAAAACCAAAAUAUCUUUCACACGUGAACAUCCAAUCUUAGAUUUUCACUCUUAAAUCCGUCGCCCGUGCAACUCUUCCGUUUAACAUUUCUUCUGAGUCUGACACAAAACCAAACAAAUGUUCUCUAUGCUAUUCACUACUAGCCAAUAUUCUAGGAAUGUGAAGAAUGAAAUACUAGGAACAAAUCUUACAUGUAUUUCGGUGUACUUAAAAUUACAACUAAUUCAAUUACUUUGAAAUUAAGGCCUUGAGAUAUAUUUAUGCAUAUGAUCAAACUAUUCAGAAUAUUACAGUUAGUAUUGUACCAUUUGGCGCCUUAUAUGUGCCAAUAAUCAAUUCUAUUAUAUUUCAUCUAGAUUUUUUAAAAAAAAAUUAAAAAAACUAGGGGUUUGAAUAAUUCCUAGUAGUGGGCUAAUGGCGAAUAUUCGCUCUUGUCCGCACAAUAAACCUUAUUUUCGACCCACCACCGUUGGAUGACUCAUUUCAUAAAUAAAAGAUAUAUUAGAAUCGAAAUAGGGGCCUUCGUGGCCGAGUGGUUAAGGUCGCUGACUUCAAAUCACUUGCCCCUCAUUCAUGUUGAUUCGAGUCUCACUCGGGGCUUUGAAUUCUUCAUGUGAGAAAGCCAUCCAGCUGGCUUGCGGAAGGUCGGUGGUUCUACCAAGGUACCCGCUCGUGAUGAACUAAUGCACGGAGGGACACCUGGGGUCUUCCUCCACCAUCAAAGCUUGAAAGUCGCCAUAUGACCUAUAAUUGUGUCGGUGCGACGUUAAACCCAACCAAAAAAAAAAAGAAUCGGAAUAAGUUAUAGCAAAACCGUGUUUGAAACGUAUAACCGCCCAUCGUGUUUAAAUAGUGUUUAAACACGGUUUUACUAUAAAUUAUUUCUUAGUUAAAAUUAUGGUUAGUUAACAACUGUAUUCAGACUUAUAACCAAGCGUGUCGGCAAAGUUCUUUAGACCGGUACUAGACUAUUCGACAAACGUAUACUCCUAGAAAAUAAUAAUUUGAGUGGCGUGUCUACGAAUAAUGUAUUACUGUCGCAUCCUGAACAAUUCAGUAUGAGUAUACAAGUCUAUUCUGAUCUAAAGUUUAUCAGUGAUCAGAUAAUAGUCGUUAAUUGUAGGGUAAUUAGAAAAGUAGGGGGUCUCCAACAGAUCAGCAGGAGAUAUAGAUUUUUUUUUUUAAUAUGUACAUGUUGUAGUGAUGAGGAACUCAUGGCUCAAAUCUGAAUAAAGCUUUCUGUAUUCUGUAUUCUGUUAAUACUAUGGCAAUUUCCGUCCCGUCAAUAAUUUUAACAAUUAUAAUAAUAAAGAAAAUUUAAAUUAAGAUAUCGACACUUCAAUUUUGAUGGGGUUUUCUUUUGCAUAAUAUUGAAAUGACAUUUUUAUAUUUUCUUUAUAAAACUGAAAUGGCCAAUGCUAAAAAAGUCGAAGUGUUUCAUUAAACAAAAUUAAAGAUAGGGAGCAUAGUGGUAGGCUGCUAAUUUUUCAUGCUGAUGAUUAGAAAAUGAAAACCAAAAUGGGUAAGUAUAGGUGUAAUCUCGUUGUACACUUUUAAAGUAAUCUUAGGGAUAUUUGGCAUGGACUAGAAGCGUUAUAAUGGUUUGAACCUAUAAGGACUUUGUUAAAUAGAGAACAGUGACAUGAUCGGAUGGUUUUGCGCGAUAAGAUUCUGUUUACAAGGCUGGGCUUAGUUUAUACGUUGUGUAGGCAUAGGAAAUAGAGAUCAAUAUAAUUGCACCUUUACUAAUCCUACCAGGUGUUCUGUAUUACAAAAGUGGAUCUAUUGUGACAUUUUGAUACAAGCAAAACUGUAUUAUCUGCACUAUUAUUUACCUACUGGUACUUCGUUUUAUUAUUGGCUUGUUAAAAGUUAAUUUUUUACCAUAUGUAAGUUGACAGAAUCAUAGGAACCAUGUCUUGAGGGGUAAAUCAAACACAAAUGAAUAAAUCCUUAAUGAUUUUGUUGUGCAAAAAAGUAUGAUAUUGUGUCUUAAACAGUUUUCAUUUUCCACUCAAUUGUGUAAUUGCAAGGGAAGUAAACUAAUAGAUCUCUACUUAUAAGUACUAGCCCAAGGCAAGAGUUGUCAUUCUUCGUGGAUCACAACUUAAAAUUAAAAAUUAAAACUUCUGUUAUUGAUAUUAACAAAACUAUCAUAAACUUCACAUUUGUGAAAUCAUUUUUGGUUAUUUCAAGGACUUGGAAAUUAAUUUCUAGACUUUAUUUAAUGUAAUUCUAUCACUGAAAAUUUUAGGGCCUAUCUCUACGUUGUGGCAUAAAGAAACCUGGAUCAAACUAUUUUCCUCUAAAUUUUUGGUGGUUUGUCCUGUAAACUUUGAUUUCGUCAUACUGAAGAACUGGGUAAAAAUCGAUUCUAUUAUCCUCCCUUGUUUAUCGAGAUCAACGCUAUACAUUGUUGUCUCCCUUUCAUCGUCUAGCUAAAUAUCGAUCAAUAUCGGAUAUUUUUAGCGAGUGUUGUAGACCGGUAUGCAUUCUCGCAUACCAGAGGUCUACCGUGGUUCCCCGGAUGUACGUCUCGGGAUUUUGACGAACCUCUGAUGGAUGAGAAUGACCGUUAUGGUUCAGCUAUCUCCGCUUAUCACAUCACGGGAGGUGCCGAUCAAAAUUAACAGGAUUAUAGAUUAGAGAUCUACUGUAAAAACGCGGGAAGAGGAAUUUAUUUUACACCAAUUUUUAAGUACCGGGAUUUCAAGCAACGUCGUUAUAUGAUGAACGUAAAGACGUUAGGGUGACAAUACUGUGUAAAUGGUAGGGCACAUCUGUAAGGAAAAACUAUUUUUCCUCUAUUGGGAAUGGUAUCUUCGGUGAAAUCGCCUGUUUGAACUUUUUCUUGUAUGUAUCCAAGACCGUAUACAUAAUAAAUAUAUGAAGCUUUUCUGAAUAAAAGUUUUUCACCUUCAAAUCUUAUACAGUCAUUAAAAGCAGAAUCAUUGCUCUUGCAUUUUGACAAAAUGGCAUAUUUGGAUACAAAAUAAUUUUGUUAUAGAAUACUCGUGAUAUUUUAAUUACCCCACAGAGAUUGUGAAAGUAAAGAGAUAUCGAGAGAAAAAUAGCCAAAAUGGUUUGUAAGCUUUUGUUCUUAGUUCGUGUAUUUCUGUUUAUUUAUUGGAAUGGGAGAGAAACAAAUAUAACGUUGAAAGAAAAUGCCAGGCAGAGGUUUUAUUAUUGUGCCUAUUGUGCCUCCUACAUAAAUAUUAUUUAUUCUUGUAUGUUAUAUUUUGGAAAAGGUAACAAAGAAACGUUUACACUGGCUAUGUCAUGUAUGCGGGCCAGAAGUGAUAUUUCUUGGUAAUAUGCUAACUUUUAUUACAUAUAAUCUGACCAAGUCAUGCUGCAAAACAGUAACAGAAAUGAAAUUGAAAUAGACGGGCAUAUGCAUUAACCCUUACUCUCUAGAUUUCUAUCUUUCAAUUUUGCCAGUAACAUUAACUGUUAAAAGGGUUUUUACCAAAACGUCACAAUGUCUUUUAUCAAAUCGUCACGGAGAGCACACGCCUCGCCCAGGGAUCGACCUCACGACACCGAGAACCGUAGAUCUGCGUUCUCCCUAUUGAGCUUAGCGGGCGGGCUAUAAUUAUGAACUAUAUACAGAAGAUUUAUAUGUAGACAUAAUAGUCAUUUCUAUAGUUUAUUGUUAUUUUUUUGUAAAUACUCACAAUAGGAUCGAGCAAAUCUGCUAUCCUUUUUCUAUGCAAACUGAUCGACCACUUGAACAAAAACAAUGGUCUUAUCUCUAAAUGCGUCGGUUGUUAAAAAGCCUAAACUUUUGUCAUAACUUUAAAAGUAGUCAACGGAUGAUAUCGAAAAUGUUUUGAGUGUUGAUCUAUAUUCAGUUAGAUCACUUUCACUCUGACCCCUUAAACUUUGAAAAAUAUCGUAUCUUACCACAUGAAAGCUGAACAUGAUACCUUUUUAUCAAAUGUUUUAGAAUUUUAAACAUAUUUUGGCUAAGGUUAACGACGUCUUCAUGACAUCCAACGUUUCAACUAAACCACACUUAUUUUCAAAUGCUUUUCAACCGUUCGUUUUUUGUGUGUGUGUGUGGGGGGGGGGGGGGGGGGGGUUCAGCGAGAUAUCCGGGUUUGUUCACGCAACAAACAACCAGAAAUUAUGGCUAAUGAAUGAUUUGAAUGAUUAUGCUCACUUUCAAGAUAGAUAUAUCUACAAACUACCUCGUUAUCUUCAGUAGUUCGGAAGCCCGCUUAGCUCAGUAGGUUGGUGUACGGAUUUCGAUCCCCGGGCGGGGCGUAUAUUCUCCGUGACGAUUUGAUAAAAGACUGAAGUCUGAAAUCAUUCGUCCUCCACCUCUGGAAAUUCAUGUGGGGAAGUUGGCAGUUACUUGCGGAAAACAGGUUAGUACUGGUACAGAAUCCAGGAACACUGGUUGAAAAUAGGAGUUAAAGCCAACUCAAACAAACAAACUGUCGGUGUUUUACAAGUUCUUUGCAUUAUUUAACGGUUUGCCAUGGACGUUCUUAUAAAUCAAUGUUUAUUGCAGACUGUAAAGAUCAAGUGAAUUUAAACUUUUUGUAAUCAUCAUUAUGUGGUAAACCUUGGUUUUGGCAGAGAUGUUUGUUUUCUUUUUGUGAAUGUAUUUAUGAUUUUGUUGUUUUAAACUGUUUAAAGAACAGAGACACGGAGAGUAUCUUAUUACGCAACUAUUGUGGAAGGUUCAAAUUAGCUGGACUAACAUUUGUUAAGUUAUGAGCAAAAACAUUUUGCAUAUUUUUCCUGACUCGGAACACAGUUGCUGUAAAAACAAGUACCUGCUCUUAGAUGCAUAUUAAAUAUUUUGUCAUGGUAUUUCUAUUUUCGAUAUGUUGUUAGUAUAUGUCUUGACAUUUAUGCAAAGUUUGAGUACUUGACAUUUUUUAAUUUUAGAGAAAUCUUGAAAUUACACUUUGCUAAUCAAUUUCUUGUGUAGCUGGAACUGACCAAGGAUUUUGUUUUGUAGGUUAAUUGAAUUUUGUAGAUUUUAUAGAAGCCUUGUUGCUCUCUUGAAAUCCUUUAAAAAUGACAGAUCGCAGCAUUUAGCUAUAGGUGAUUCUUUAUCAAUAUGGGUUUAUCAGUUAUUUCUUUGCCCUACUAGUUUACCUUUCUACUUAGAUUAGAAAUUAUAUGUAAAUUUAGAGCUAAUUUUAGGAACCUUGGACAUUGUUUCUAUUGAAGAAUAAAUUUUAACUUUGAAACCUUUUGUAUAUGAUUUUAGUAUUCAUAGAAUAUGCUGGAAUUUAUGUGAAUUUUAUUUGGAGCAAAAUCAAAUGCAAAUUGUUUUAUAUCUUAAAUGAUGUAUUUUGCCUUAAUUUUGUAUUAUUAAUCCCCUGCCGUAGCGGAGGGAUUAUAGGAAUGGUCUGCGUCCGUCCGUCCUUCCGUCUUUCCGUCCUUCCGUCCGUAACAAAAUCGUGUCCGGUCCAUAUCUCCUAAACCCCUUGAAGGAUUUUCAUGAAACUUGGGUCAAGUGAUCACCUCAUCAAGACGAUGUGCAGAACCCAUGAGUCGGCCUUGUCGGUUCAAGGUCAAGGUCACAACUCAAGGUCAAAGGUUUGAGCCUGCCAUUUUGUGUCCGCUCUAUAUCUCAUAAACCCCUUGAAGGAAUUUUAUAAAACUUGGGUCAAAUGAUCACCUCAUCAAGACGAUGUGCAGAACCCAUGAGUCAGCCAUGCCGGCUCAAGGUCAAGGUCACAACAUAGGGUCAAAGGUUUUGAGCCUUCCAUUUUGUGUCCGCUCUAUAUCUUCUAAACUCCUUGAAGGAUUUUCAUGAAACUUGGGUCAAAUGAUCACCUCAUCAAGACGAUGUGCAGAACCCAUGAGUCAGUCAUGCCGGCUCAAGGUCAAGGUCACAACUUAGGGUCAAAGGUUUGAGCCUUCCAUUUUGUGUCCACUCUAUAUAUCCUAAACUCCUUGAAGGAUUUUCAUCAAACUUGGGUCAAACGAUCACCUCAUCAAGGCGAUUUGCAGAACGUAUGAGUCAGCCAUGUCGGCUCAAGGUCAAGGUCACAACUGAAGGUCAAAGGUUUGAGCCUUCCAUUUCGUGUCCGCUCUAUAUCUCCUCAACCCCUUGAAGGAACUUUAUAAAACUUGGGUAAAAUGAUUAUCUCAUCAAAACGAUGUGCAGAAAUUAUGAGUCAACCAUGCCAGCUCAAGGUCAAGGUCACAACUAAGGGUCGAAGGUUUGAGCCUUCCAUUUUGUGUCCACUCUGUAUCUCCUAAACCCCUUGAAGGAUUUUCAUCAAACUUGGGUCAAAUGAUCACCUCAUCAAGAACUCAUGAGUCAGCCAUGUCAACUCAAGGUCAAGGUCACAACUGAAGGUCAAAGGUUUCAGCUCUGUAUCUCCUAAACCCCUUGAAGGAUUUUCAUGAAAUUUGGGUCAAAUAAUCACCUUAUCAAGACGUUGUGCAGAAUUCAUGAGUCAGCCAUGUCAGUUCAAGGUCAAGGUCACAGCUAAAAUCAAAGGUUUACCCUUUCACUAUCCACAGCAGUGGCGGGGGAUUUAGCUGUCUGUCAGACUGCCUUGUUUUUUAUUGUAUGAGGCUAUUUAUAGAAAUAUUGGAUCUUUGUAGCUAUGAAUGUGUGUUUAUGAGUGGACUUUAGAUUUUAAUACAUUUAUAAAACUGAA